GAGCGAGUGGUGGGACGCGGACGCGUAAAUGCCGCCACUAGCAAGCGGGCGUUUUUGGCGCGCAGUGCUCCUGCGAACCUGCAGCGCAAGGCUCUUGGGGCACCACGGGGCUUCCGGCGGUCCGGGUUGCAAGUGGAACCCUCCUGUCGGAGCGGAAGAGCUGCGGGGAGAGCUGGACAGAUUCGGGGGCGUCUCGGUGCGCCUUGCGCGGCUCGGCGCGCUGGACCGCCUGGACGCCGCCUCAUUCCAGAGGGGCUUGCAGGCUGCAGUACAACGAUGGAGAUCAGAAGGUAGGAUAGCGGUAUGGCUGCAUAUUCCCAUCCUCCAAAGCCGAUUUAUUGCCCCUGCUGCUUCCCUGGGUUUCUGCUUUCACCAUGCAGAAUCGGAUUCAUCCACGCUGACACUGUGGCUGGGAGAGGGACCCAGCAGAUUACCAGGAUAUGCUACACAUCAAGUAGGAGUUGCAGGAGCUGUAUUUGAUGAAAAUACUAGGAAAAUAUUGGUUGUACAAGAUCGAAAUAAAUUGAAGAAUAUGUGGAAGUUUCCAGGGGGCCUGUCAGAGCCUGGAGAAGAUAUCGGAGACACAGCAGUUCGAGAAGUUUUUGAAGAAACUGGUAUAAAAUCAGAAUUCAUGUCCCUCCUGAGCAUUCGGCAACAGCACACCAAUCCCGGAGCUUUUGGGAAAUCAGAUAUGUAUAUCAUCUGUCGCUUAAAGCCACAUUCAUUUACCAUAAAUUUUUGCCAGCAUGAAUGCUUAAGGUGUGAAUGGAUGGAUCUCAAUGACCUGGUCAAGACUGAAAAUACAACUCCCAUCACCAGCAGAGUUGCUAGGCUGCUGCUAUAUGGGUACAGAGAAGGGUUUGACAAGAUUGAUUUCACCGUGGAAGAACUUCCGGCAGUUUACACAGGCUUGUUCUAUAAACUCUAUCACAAGGAACUGCCAGACAAUUACAGAACUAAGACAGGAAUGGAUUAAAUCCUUAUUUGCAUGUUUUAAAAAAUUUUAAGUAAAUUGUACAUGCAGAAUAAUGUGUGCCAUAUUAUAAAAAGUAGUGGACAUUUGAUGUUAACUAAAUAUCUGACUUUAAUUUUCUAGUGUGUAUAAUUUUCAUGAAAACUUGUUUGAUGAAAACUUGCAAAUUUAUAAGCCUCUUUUCAAAUAAA